CCCUUCUGCCAAAGCUUGAGUUUUUGAGCUCCAUAGGAAUCUCAAGGCUCGACCUUGCAACAGUACUGACAUACAACCCAUUUCUUUUCGGCUGAAGCUUGGAAAACGGCCUCAUACCCUGUUAUACCUUCCUCAAAAGCAUGGUGCUCUCUGAUGUCAAGGUCAUCUACAUUUGGAAGCGCUGCUCUUGGAUUUUCAUGAAGAACCUCUCAAAGAAUGUAUCACCCAAUAUUGGGUUCCUGAGGGAAUUGAGCAUGCCACAGUCCUAUAUUGCCUAUUUGGCCAUGCAUGUAUUGGAUAGAAAAGCCACAUGGAAACGAUGUCAAGAAGCUUAUAAAAGGUGGGGUUGGUCUGAUAAUCAUAUUGUGUCUGCCUUCAGGAGGGAUCCACGGUGUAUGAUUCUGUCGGAGAAGAAAUUAAUGGCAACAAUGGAUUUCUUAGUGAACAAGAUGGGGUUGGAGUCACAAGCAGUUGCCGAGUUGCCCGAUAUUUUGUCCUACAGCUUGGAGAAGAGAAUCAUCCCGAGGUUUUCAGUUGUUAGAGUUUUGCUUUCGAAAGGAUUGAUAGAAGAGGAGAACUUGAGUUUCAGUUAUGUUGCUAAGACGGCAGAGAAGUACUUCUUGAGUGCUUAUCUCACGAAAUAUCUCGACGAAGUACCCCAAUUGUCGAAUGUAUACCAAGGAAAAGUGGAUUUAUGCACCUUGUAGUUGGUGAGUUUAGUUUAUAACAGUCCAAGGCUAGAAAGUUUGAAUUAGCCUUCUCAGUCUAGACUAGAUAGGAUUGAGGGG